GGCUCGGCGCUCAGCGCUUGUGAUGGAAAAGACGCCCGUGAGCGGAGGAGAAGAUGAUGCCCCGUCGUACUGCGGUAGUAGCAGCGCUCCUCUACACGCUACCCCUGGCGACUUCACAAGCGUCAACGUGCGAAUUUGUGGAGGUGACCGGAGGAGCGUCUCCGGGCUCUUACGCGCUGCAGUCGGACGGGGAGGGCGACGUGUACACGAACGGCGAAACCGGUGCUGUGCUCCUGUACACGACGAGUAGCAUCCGGCGCGGCAGGCAGCGGCGGCGCCUAGAGGAAGGGGGGUGGUUACCUCCUGCUGACAACACCGCUGCCAAUGGUAACCAGCACUCGCUGUCUGGCGUCGAAGGGCUUGUCGAGGAGACGAUGGGCUGGCGGCGACGGCAACAAGGGCAGGGG